CGACAGAAAUCGGGGAAGUUCUUCGUGCAGCCAGCGGCUCGCUGUUGCUAAACAACCGAGACGAUCUUAUAUUGUUUAAACAACAUAAUGCCCAAGGUGAAAAGGAGUAGGAAACCACCUCCAGAUGGUUGGGAGCUCAUAGAGCCGACUCUUGACGAGCUGGACCAGAAAAUGCGCGAAGCUGAAACCGAGCCUCAUGAGGGCAAGCGUAAGGUUGAGUCUCUAUGGCCAAUCUUCCGACUUCAUCACCAACGCAGCCGUUACAUUUUCGACCUUUUCUACAAGAGGAAGGCCAUCAGUCGAGAGCUUUAUGAAUAUUGCAUCAGAGAGAGCUAUGCAGACAAGAAUCUGAUUGCCAAAUGGAAAAAACAGGGCUAUGAAAAUCUGUGCUGUCUGCGGUGCAUUCAGACGCGCGACACAAACUUUGGAACAAAUUGCAUAUGCAGAGUUCCCAAGGGCAAGCUUGAAGUGGGUCGUAUCAUUGAGUGCACUCACUGUGGAUGCAGAGGAUGCUCUGGAUGAGUCAAGAGGGCAACAACUUUUUGAACUUACUGAACUUUGAUUUGUAUUUUUAAUACAUUUAUUGGGUUGUCAUUACGAUGUUUAAAUUAUAUGAUUGUAUGUGUAUGCUUUUUUUUUUUUUUUCAUCAUUAUUUGUAUUAAACUGUGAUGUGUCUUAAUUAUUCUGGGUUACACUGUCCAAUCUCGUGCUUUGAGUGUGUGCUUCCAUGAAGUAUGUUGUAUAAGCAUGCUCUGGUAAAAGGAAUAAGGUAGAAUAUCUCAUACAAAUCAGAAAUUUUGUGUAUGUAAAAAAUUUUUUGUAUGAAUGUUUAAAUUAUUUAUUUUAUAUGUGCAUUGUUAACUGCCUACCCACUGCAGAGUGGCAGCAAAAAUAUCCUUAAUAUCAAUGUAAAAUAUCAGUUUUCAGAUCAGUCCCUAGCAGGUUUAAGAAUGAUCUUUUAAUGAAAUUGAUGUUAGAAAAACAAAGUAGGUGUUAUCAGCUUUAUCUCGGAAGGAAUGAGGGUACGUCUCCAUAUCCUGACCUUUUCAGAAUUACCACUUCCUUUUUGAAAACAAAGAUGAAAACAUACAAGUCAGGGUCAAAGAGAAAAUCUUCCUGAUUCAUCAGCUAUCUUCUAUAUUUUCUUUA